AUGAGGCUGAAGGUAAAACUCAUCCAAAAAAACGCGGCCGAUAAGGCAAGGUGCCAAAAGGUGGUCGAUCAGUACCUGGCGUUCCAGGCCACCCAGAAGGCAGAAGCCGUGAAACGCAAUCGUUCGCAGGACGAAAACGACAAACCAACGAAGAAGCACAAAGUGUCGGUUCACACUGCUUCAAUACCAAAACCAACCAAACGCUCAUUUAAUGAGGUGGCACGGGAUCACCUGCAAAUAGCGUUGGUUGAUGAAAUAACAAACCGCGGUAAACCUGCAUCGGAUAAGUGGUCCGAAAUCGAGGCACGGCUGUCCCGCAUUGUCGUCGAUCAUGUCAUGGCAAACCCGGAGGGUCAUGUGCCAGGAUUUGAUUCAAUGGAGGUGGAUGUGACGGCUGUGGAGGUAGAAGCCGCUGACGGUGUCGGCAUCAUACUGGCUUCCAUCUACAAGGCACAUGAUCGGCCAGCACCACCCGAGGAGGCUCGUCGGCUUGUUAUGCAACAACAUGAGAUACUCUGUUUGUAA